CCACUGCUACCCACCAUCCACCACCACCACUACUACCACCAAUACCACCACUAUCCACCACCACCCACCCACCCACCCACCAACCCUUCUCCGGCGACGACUCGGCGUUGCCCAGUCGUUGCUAAUAUUAACCACCGGCGUACUGGCGGAUCCCACUUCGGACGAAGGAGUUCACUCUCUUUCGUUUUCGCCCGAGCUGGACGGAAUGGAUCCGGACCAAUACUCCAACGCGUUGGCCGGUCCCGAUUCAGACGACGAAGACGACAGUUCACAUUUUGUACGGGGCAUUGCUGCAGGGGCGCACCACGUCCACUCGCAAUCGGACGCUUCAAACUUUGCCGCGCACACCGAUUUCGGCCGGCCCGAGUUGUCGAUCGACCCGAACCUGAGUGCCCAUCCACCACCUCCGCGGCCACACGAACAACAACUUCAGCGCCACCAACGCCAGGAUGACCCCCACCACCACCAACAUGGCCAACACGGGCACUACGUACAAUACUCCGACCUUACGCGCGAUGCUAGCCAAUACACUCUAGGCACCCCAAGCGAUCAGCUCUCCGAACGGUCACCGUCACAAUUCGCGUCGGCGUCGCCUGCGCCAAAUCGCUCCAAGAGUGUACCAUCGUUCACUCCCACCGAUCGCAGUCUACCAGAUAAGCGGGUGACGGACGAGUCCCUCGACGAUGCUUAUGUCGCCUUCAUCCUCUACUGCAAUCCCUCCGUACCGCUCGAGUGCGACACCGCCGAAUUGCGGAAAGUCUUUCGCCAACCGCCGAAAAGCGACGGCAAGACAUUCAGCACCUACCACUUGCUCCAGCUCAUCGAGAAAUUCGAACGCAAGGACAUCAAGACGUGGACGAAGUUGGCGAUCGAACUCGGGGUGGAGCGCACGCCGGACUCAAGCGCGCAGAAAGUCCAGCAAUACGCGGUUAGGUUAAAGAGAUGGAUGCACGCGAUGCACGUCGAUGCCUUCUUCGAGUAUAUAUUGGACAAACCUCAUAAAUACUACCAACAAAUUCCUUCCGCCGACCCGGACACCUCCAAUCCAGGCACUGCCGAACGGAUCCGCGACGGAGUACCCGUCGAGGAAGAUCUUGCCUUAAGAGCUCUACAUCCCGAGACACGUCCGAAACGUGGGAGGCGGAAAACAGACGACAAAGAUGACAACUCGGAGAAAGACGGCCCGGCGGCUAAGCGGCAGCACUUGGACACGGGUACUCCCGCAAGUGCAGCGGACGAAAUGGCGCAGUUUGUGUACCCGAACUCUGCCGUUCCUUCCAGCGCUGGUGGUGAUGGCAUGUCGUUUCUGGACGAUGCCGUGACACAAGACCAAUGGACUGCUGCUACGCAAGUGAUGAGUGCCGGCUCAUCCACGCCUACUGGCGGUCAACAUUACCGAUGGCGGGCAUAUCCGAAGAUGGAUUCGGCUACAACCCCCCAUAGUCCACAUCCACCACCACUUCUUAUCACUCACGACCUUCAUAACUCUAAUGACGAAGCCAUGACCCCAGUAUCCGCAACACCCACUUCUGGGAAACCUGCUCGACGGCGUCGCCACGGACCAGCGGUGUCGUCCGCGUGGCCGUCUUCGGGAAAUCCGUUGACCGGAAAGCUUCGGGGAAGGCCUCCGAGCAACCGCUCGGUUCGAGACGGGCCAUUCUCGACGUUUCCCGCAAACCCGUCGGCCAAAGGGGGCGCUACCAUUAAUAUGUCCCCAGUAACCGCGACACCAACACCCACUCCCGUAAUGUCACACCCCCCGCCUCACCAGUUCCCUCAAUUCAGACCACACGGCCUUCAACUUACCGUGCCUCAACUACCAUCUCGUCCGAUCGUUAUGGCUUCGCCGGCAGUCGAACGACAUUCGAACGAAUCACCUCACAUGGAGUGGCUACAGCCCCCACAACUCCCAAAAAUGGGGAAGACUUCUCCGAACAUUCCGCCGGCCAUGCGAUCAUUACCGCUUGACGAGAUGCAGCGCCGGUUUGCCGUGGCAAUCCUUCAAGCUAUCGGCGGUGAUGGUAUGGGUGUCCGGUUGAACGAUGCAAACAUAAUCGCCGAAAAAGUGUUUUCAGGAUUCCGCAGGGCAUAUACAGACUUCGAAGAGAGCGGCAUCGGAGAAAAGGUCGCGCUGCUGACGGGAAUAUCCACCACCGAAGCCGGCUUCAAUGGCCUGCAAGUCCGCCGGCUACAAAGCGAACUCGAACUACUCGGGAUCCACGAUCCGGAUGCCGAAGCCGACGACGACAACCCCGAGGACGAUGUGCGGAUGGAUAGGGGAGAACGCAGGUAUCAAGUCCGCUGGGAGACGAUGUUCGGCGGGCUCAAGGGGGAGAUGGAGCAGAUUGUUGUGUUGCCGCCGCAAAGGCGCGCCAGUGAGGAGGACUUUGAGGGGCUCACGGACUUUGGCCACGACGAGGUCGAUGCCGAUGGCAAGGAUCCCGAGAGCAUGGAUGAGCUUCGCAAGAAGGUGCUGGAGCUCGAGGGUCAGUUGAAGGGUAAAGAGAAGGAGCUCGGAACGCUCCGCGGAAACGUGUUGCGAGCCGUGGUGUUAUGAUGCUCAUGAUCUCAUUCAUUUCCCCCUUACGUCUAUUCAUUUCCUCUCUCCAUCUCGGCAUAUGUGGGAGUUUGAGCUGGCUUUUGUUUUUUUUACAUUUGAGCAUGGUUGAGGCCAUCUGAGGAUGGCUUGCAUGUCCGUCUGCAUAUUACUUGUCAUUGCUGAAGAGCGGUGGCGGUCAGGGUAUCGGUGUUUGGGGGUUCUGGGUGUUUGUUUGGGGAUCUCUGGUCUGUUUUAUUUUUUUGUAUGUACUCUACAUAUUCCGCUACUAGAUACCGGUACUGUAUGUAGGCCCGCAGUGAAGACAUGCUUGAAUACCGGUACUCUACUCUAGUUACAACAUCUCUCGGGAUCUACCUACCUGCCUGUGAGUGAUCAUCCGGCAUCGCAAUAGAUAUAGCUAAAGCAUGCCGAUUCACUAAGGAGACUACCGGUGCAUGA